AUGCCAAAAAAGAGAGCUUCCAACGGUAGAAACAAGAAGGGUAGAGGUCAUGUCAAACCAGUUAGAUGUAACAACUGUUCCAAGUCUGUUCCAAAAGAUAAGGCUAUCAAGAGAAUGAGUGUUAGAAACAUUGUUGAAGCUGCCGCUGUUAGAGAUUUAUCCGAAGCUUCUGUCUAUGCUGAAUAUGCUUUGCCAAAGUUGUACAACAAGGCACACUACUGUGUUUCUUGUGCUAUUCAUGCUAGAAUUGUUAGAGUUAGAUCUAGAACUGACAGAAAGAUUAGAACUCCUCCAUCUAGACAAAGAUUCCAAAGAGGUGGUAACAGAGUUUCUCCAGCUGAUGCCGCCAAGAAAGCUUUAUAA